CCAACUGAUCAGCCUACUGACCACCCGACUGAUCACCCAACUGACCACCCGACUAGCCUCCCAAACGUGUUUAACCUCUUAUAUCACCCCACGGGAACGCACCAAAUACGCAGCGGAUACUGGCAAGCCGUAGCACGAGAAAAAGCCAGCCCUCCAAGGGCAUUCACCUAUCCCCCCGUGGAUAAAAAAACGUCUUGCACCGGACCCUGUGGGGUAUACGUAGAAGAAUGCCCAGCAAAGGUUACGGCAAACGAUGCGAUACAAAAUUUGCCUUCACAAAAUAACCUAUCGGAAGAGCCUAAGAUUAAAGAAGAUUCAAACGAAUCACUUUGUGAUUCCCCAGCGAACACAAAGAAGGUCAAAAGGAAGGUAACAAAAAAAUACGGAAUUAGCAAAAACGCAACUAAGGCUAUUAUAUCCAGGUGUAUCGACAUAAAGAAUUACAUUGUCCAACACAAAAAGAGCUUCAAAAAUAUGUUAAUCAAUUUGUUCAACGAGUACACGUUCCUGAAGAGGUACAUGAGCAGCAACUACAACACAUACCAUAAGUUAAAAUUCUUCCUUAGCUGUAACCAUUAUGUGAAGAAGUUACAUGAUGUCCUGUCCAUUUUUGCUGAUGUUGUAGAGGAGAGUGACGAAUAUUUAAUGAUAGAAUUGUACAAGAAAAUAAAACUUAACAUGCGUCUGCUGUACUAUGUCGGGAGAAUUUUAUCCAACUAUCUCACCUGCAUUGCUUAUAAAAGAAUGGCAUACGUAAUUAUGAUUUGUAUUUCUCGAGUACACACCAUUUUUAAAUGUAUGCUCAUAUCGGAGCCGUUUAAGAGCGGCGUUCCGGAACUGAUAAAGAUGAUUCAGCACGAUUUAGUGUGA